AUGUCGUCGAACGCUGAAGCUAUGGCUACCGCUUUCGAGCAAGACGGAGGACCGGAUCUCAGUGCCGGAUCUGGAAAGCGUACCAAGGCCGAAAGAGUGGAGCACAAGCAUUCCUCGCAACCAGGAGGCGACACUCGCAAGGUCGUUCAGACUGCCAGCAAUGGAGAGGCCAAAAGAAAAGAGAAGUGGUGA